GCAAAAGAAUGGAUUCGGGCUGAGCGGCAUCCAACUCAUCAAGACUCAUACGCUCCUCCUAUAUCUCGCCUCCGCAAUGCUCUAUACCCUCUGGCGCUCACUCGCGGACUCUUCUCCGUCGCUCGUACUUCGACGAUGACAUACAAAGUCCAUGACCCAGACGCGAUCAUCACCGACAGGAAUGGCAUCGUGGAAAACCGGCAUUUCAUCCACGUCGCAGUGGUGGACAGCACCGGACGACUCCUCUACACAGCAGGCGAUCCCUCUCGUCUAACACUAAUCCGCUCGGCGGCAAAACCAGCACAAGCACUCGCCAUUCUUGAAACAGGAUGUCUGGAAGAGUACGGUUUCGACGAGGCAGAUCUGGCGCUGAUAUGCGCCUCGCACAGCUCCGAGGAUCGACAUAUUGCUCGGGCGAAGGCGUUGAUGGACAGCAUUGGCGCUGUUGAGACCGACCUUCAGUGUGGUCCUCACCCCGCGAAUAUGCCUGAGAUUGAGCGACUGUGGGCCAAGCGGGAAUUCACUCCGACGCCGAUGUACAACAAUUGCUCUGGCAAGCAUGCGGGUAUGCUGGCUGGUGCUAAAAUGAUUGGCGCUGAGUUCAAAGACUAUCAUGAACCGGACCACGCCAUCCAGCUGCGAGUGAAGCAGGUGGUGGAAGAUCUUUGCGGUGAGCAGCGAGACACUGUCAAGUGGGGCAACGACGGGUGCAAUCUUCCUGCACCUGCUCUCCCUUUGCAUCUGCUCGGGAGCAUGUUCGCAGAAUUUGCAAGGGCGGCUGAUGUUGAGAAUCACGAUGGGACAAACGGCACUACCUCAAGUUCAAACCAUGUACAAGGAUGCGCAAGGGUCUUCCGGGCAAUGUCAAGCUACCCGGAAAUGGUUGCUGGUGAAGGCCGAUUCUGUACCGCACUGAUGCGAGCGUAUGAGGGCGCGCUCUUCGGCAAAGUGGGCGCUUGUGCGUGUUAUGGUGUCGGAGUGCGGGAGUCUGAACGAACAAGGCAACUUGGAGCAAAGGGAGCACUUGGAAUAGCGCUCAAGAUUGAAGACGGCAAUAUCGACAUGGGCUAUGCUGCUGUGGCCGAAGUUCUUGAACGACUAGAGAUCGGAAGUGCAGACACGAGGAAGAAACUUGCGAGUUUCCACAAGAAAGAGGUCCUCAACACCGCCGGAGUGGUGGUGGGAAGCGUGCACUAUGCAUUCGAGCUGCGACCGACCGGCGCAUAAACAUAGACAUAGACAGAGAAUAGAUGUGUGCCUUUAACGGGAGUCGGUCCAAACGGAAGAGAGAUUGGAGCGCUUCUCUGGAAAGAGUGAGGAUGAGACACCUAAUUUCUGCACCGCGUGGGUUUUUCAACUUUGCGGAAAAGAAGAGAGGGAGGCGGAGGGAAGGCAGGUGAAGUUUUGUUAUGGAUGCUGAAAUUAGUCAUGGUCAAAGUAGUCGUGGGACGAGAUUUCUAUCAACUUCACCAUAUCCCUU